CUCCAUGUUAAAGCAUGCAUCUCCAUUGAGUCAAAGAAUGAUUGAACUGAAAAGUAUGGUUUAGGGUCAGGGUUAGGGUUCGGAAGCUGACGGCAAAAGUAAAGCGCGCAAGUAUGUGAACAUUUCCGGCUUAAAUUGAUUCCAACCGUCCGUUGACGUAAGUGUUUGAGGUAGGAAGCUAAAGCUACUUAACUUUGUCUUCUUAGACUUGUACAUACACGCAAUCAUAGAAAAACCUUUGAAUAGAAGCUUUUUCGAAACAAGGUCAAUACAAAACCUAUUUGCAAGGUUAUUUACCGAGGUUUAUAGAGUUCUGUGCAUGGUUAGCCUUCGAACCCCGGUGAUGACAAAAAAAUUGACGAGAGGAAGUCUAUACUUGUUUGUGGAAUUUACCAAGCGAUUGCGACGCGCUGGAAUGAUAAACUACUUAAAGCUGAGGCCACUCGGCUGACAUCAUUGGCAAUUGACAAUGGUCAUAUUUGGCGUGAAGUUCACCUGUGUAAGAUAAGAUUUGGAGAAAGACCGCAUAAUUUCCUUUGCUUAAUCUAAUUAUUGCCAAGUAUCUAAAUCGCCUUAACACUUACAGAGCGGAGAAUUCACAGACUGGCAAACGACGGUCAAUUUGCCAGUCGUCUGAAAAAUUAAUGAUAAUCUAAUUAAAUCCUGAAGCAAUUUAGAUGUCCUAUCUGAGGGAUUUAUUAUCUCACCAUUUCUUUGUAAAUAGAAAACUUCAGUGUAAUCUUCAAAAUUCAUGUUAACCCCAAAUAAAUGGAAACUAAUUAGCUUGUCAAAAGGGAAAGUAAAAUCGUUCCAUUUUGGGACGUAGUUGCGAACCCUCAUAAUCGGAAAACAAUCUGCGUGCAAAUGCUGGAGGUUUUGGAGAUAUCAACACAUUACAUUCAUAACUUCCGUCUCAAUCCCUUUUAAAAAUAUUGCGACAAAUUGGUGGCAAAUCAAUGAAGUGGAUUAAAAGUCUCUCUUCGGCGAAGGAAACAGGCGUGCCAGUGUCUGAAACUUUCUCCGACCUGAUUUUCUAUUAUUUACUUCGGUUAUAAGAGGAGUUCAAAAGUCAAAGUAACUUGUCUAACUAUGACCCUAAAAGAUACCGAUUACCGAAAGUUGAGAAUUGAUUACAACUGAGCACAAUCAGUAGAUAGAUUACAGGCUGAGUAAUGCUGUUAUUGAAAUAACUCUGCUUACGGAAAGGAAAAAAAUCCACGAGGAAAUAUCAGCGACUUAUCAGGACGAUUUUCAUUCCUGAUUUUCGUGCAGUGCAAGCUGUUUGCGGAUUAAAUUCUCUCAAGGGAGGCCAGUAAACACGUAAGCGUUUGAGAUUUUAGUGCUGAAACAGAUACCAGCAAGUUUAAUCUUGCGGCGAAUUAUAAUUUUUCAUCGCAUUAGUUAGAAUCUCUGGGUGUUCUAUGUAGUGAUGCACUUCAGUCAAGUUCAAGUCCAUGAUUCAGGAAGCUUUAAGUACCAAGGGUUUUUUUCAGGUAACGGUUUAGAAAAAUCGGCCACCAGUUAUAACCAUUGCACCACAAAAAGUAGUGACACAAAUGAUUAUUGCCAUCUACAUUCCCUCGGUUUUGAUUUGUUCUUUAAUUUAUCGUUGACUUCGCUAAAUUGUAUUCAGCCAAGUCUGAUAACUUUAAAAUUCUUCGUUUUACACGUUUAGGGCUCGUAAUCUGUACUAAUCUAUUCGAUUUCCUGUUUUGACUUGUAAUUUCCCCUCACGUGUUUUUUUAACCUUGUCAGACGACAUUUUCAGGAUUAGUGGUUUGACAGUUCGCACUGAGGUGGGUUUCUCGACAAGAAUGGGAAAAAUUCUGGCAUAUCUAUAUAAUUGUCGUCCCACACUUUCGUCGUCUGGUUGAGUUUUUCGGACAACAUAUGCAAGAAAAUAUAAUCAUAACGCUGAUAACAAUAAUACUGUAAUAUGAAAUGGAUAAAAUAAAUAAGAGCAACAUUGAAAACCAAAGUUAUGUUGAAGGCUAACUUUUUGUCACAGAUCUUCCUAACAAACAUUAAGAUUAACCUUACGCGGCAACUCCUGGUUGUAACAUCCCCUGUCCCUCUUAAUUACGUGGGAGAUUAGCUGGAGCGGGGGGGGAGACUGUUGAGGGAAAGGCCACUUCACGCCCGUGGGGUAAAUAGUGCACCACUACGAGAAGAAACGCUGAAAAUCGAGGAUCUCUGGCGCUCUUCUCGGGGAAAUUUGGCCAUGGAAAGUAAAAUUGCGCGGCGAACAUUUGAACUCGACACAUGUAGAUAGUAAAUCACAUUUACUAUCUUGUCAAGGUCGUUCCUUGCUAAUAUCGUUAAGGGCAGUAUGAGUAAAGAAGGUGAAGGUUAAUUCUCGUUAGUUCUUUGUAUGUAUGCCAGUUUUCCUUGUUGUAAAUUUGGCAAAAACAGGAGGAGAAAUUCAGCACGAGCGAGCCUAUUUCAUUCCCCACAAAGCUUCUCUGUGAGGUCCUUAAUUGAGCACGAGCGAGCCUCUUUCAUUCCCCACAAAGCUUCUCUGUGAGGUCCUUGCAUCAUACCUGGCGGGAAUUGCCUUCUAAAUGUGAGGGAACGCCCUAGAUUUACUCGAUGUGCCAUAAGAAAAUGCAAAAGAAGGAACGAAAGUAUAGUUGUGUUUGUGCUCACGAAAAAUGAAAGAUGUGAGUGUUAUAGAAGCCCUAUUAUCGAGCCCAAAUAUUUCGCGGAAAGCUGCGACUUUGCGUGCGGUGUCGGAGAUGCCGCCGUUUCCGGACGAGCAGCACAUUUUGCGUAUUAACUUGCAAAAUAACUUUGAAAUAUCAUCGAUGACAAAAAAAAGCAAAGAGGCAUUGAUAAGUAAAACAAGAACCUGCCAGAAAAACUGGAAUUUUGUAAUUGAACUCAAUAUGACCAAUCAUGGUCAAGGAAGAGGAAUCGAUGGAGGACCGGUCACUAGAGACUUAUCAUUGGGUAAUACGAUAUGACCCCGCCUCCAGCUACGCCUCCAAAACGAAUAAAUUCGGAUGUAACAACAACAACAACAGGUAAUUUCGUUCAGCUUCUGGACUUCUGAGUGAACAAGCAGCUUUUAACGUUAAGGGUAAGCAAUCUUGUAAUUGUUUAGUUUAUUUGUUGUAUGCGUUUGCUAAUUUCAAAAUAUUCUUCCCUACCCUUGUUUGUAAGUUAACGCAGAGCUCCGUGGCAACUGAGCCAGUCAUGUUACGAUCCCGUCACGUUGCACACGCCUUAUUCUUUUUGUGUCCCAGUUUCGUAAAACAAAAAAGAUUUUAACCCAAAAAAGCGCACAAAUUUUCGUGGAAACUGUUUUGAGUAAUGGUUUGAACUUGAGAAGAUCGAGGCAAUUUUUAACCAUCAAACGAAGGUUACUGUACCAGCGUGAUACCAUUAUUGUAAUAAAAUGGAACAACACCUCCAGAAUCUCCAACAAGAACAAUUAAAUUCACUCGCAACAACAACAACGCCAGCUAUUGUCAAUGUACAGUAUCCUCAUUGGCUCUGAAACAAAAGUCGAUGCAAAAUUAACAAAGGUUCAAUUUUCGACAGACUAGGGAUAACGAAAAAAGGUCUUUUGUGGAUUUAAGUAGACUUGAAUCUAUUCUCACGAAAGAAAUCAAAUGCGAUUGUCAUGGCUUGAGAAAAAGAGACCCUUCUAUUUUUGAUACAAGUAGACUCGCAAAAAUUGCAGUUAUAUGACGUACAACUGGGUAGAUUUUUUCCUAAACUUUGAAAAUAAAUGGGUAUCUAUUUUUCGCCUGUAUCAGUUGUUAACCAGCGAUCGUCGCGUGGGAGUGCCUUUUUAAAGCCUGGACCAAAGCAAUUCCUACUCCAUUUACAAAGAAUUUAAUUUGAUUACAAAGAAGAUCAUCUCCAAGACGUUUAAAAAAGUCGAUCCCGAAACCAUGAUUCUUUCAAGACCAAAAUGAGAGAUCUUGUUGUCAUUAUUUGGUCAAAACAGGAAACUAUUUCCUUUCACGCACUGGAACGAACAAGAAAGGGCACGGCAAAUAAACACUAUGUCCCACAUCAAAUAUUACGCAACUUUUCUUGUAGUAAUCGAGCAUGUUGCUGAUUUCAGAGUCACUUCAAUCUUCACUUGAACUAUAUUACGUAGCAAGUGGAUUACAAGCUGGCCUUUCAAAAAGCUUGUGGUCUCUACCGAGAAUCCUGUCGCAAUAACUAGAAAAUGAUACAUUUUUCCAUAAUGGGAAUGAUAUUAAAAGAAAAAACAACUGCGACGUUGAUGGCAAUAUUGUUUAUCUCGAUGGCGAACAUACUCCAGGUGCCUGGGGGAUGUCACUAAAGCAAGAGACCCUGAAAUAUGCUUUUGGUCAGAACCCCGAAAGAUCGUGUCUGCAUUUCCAUCAUACACACGUCUAGUUGUUACAUAAAAACAGACAUUGCAGACACAUUCAACAAAAAUUCACUGAGCUCCAUUCCAAGACCUCUAAAAGGCUGACAUUGGCAUCCUUCCCAGCGAGCGCGCUGUAAAAAAGUUUCGAAUUUCAACAGUAUUCCGGUGGCUCAAAACAUUAACCCCACUGUGAAAGUGUUGAUUCACCCCUCGAAAAGCAUAAAAGCAUAAGUAUGAUAAUUGGAUUUCUGACGAGUCAUAAUGACCGGUCUUCUGAGCUCAAUUGUUAUGUGAGUUUUUCGAUGAAGAUGCCGAAUGUUCCAGAAUAAAUGAUCAAAAAGACAAGACAAGACUAAAAUUACAAAACUAACGCUUCACUGUUCAGGUUUGAAUACAAGUAGUUAUGACUUCCAUUCUACAGUCUUUUCAACAAUGUAGGAUGAGUAGGUAUCCCCUUUUCAUUCAGAAAGUUUUCACUCUUCGUUCUCCUGCCAGAUGCAAUGGUUGUUUAUCCGCCACGUUCGUCUGCUAAGUUGAGAAGUUCAUGACUCAUCUACGUAUAACCUUGGCAAAGUAUCGACGAGCAAGUUCAAAUAGAUGAUUGCAGUGCAAUGCAAAAAUAGCAAAUUUUGUGGGCUAAAUCGAUGUAAUCAUUCCUCAACUCAUGGACUACCUCAAGUCAUUUUUUGCAAUAGUUUCUACAUAAAGAGCUUUGAAUAACUGAUUUGUGUUCAAACUCAUUCGACAUUUCAAAAGUCCCAUCUCAUGUCACAAAUUAAUUGUUUCGAACUGCCACUUAUGCACCGAUAAAUGCAGGCAGAAAAGAUAAGGGGAAAUGAAAAUCCGCGUGAUUACCAGACCUGAAUGUACACCACAAAUCUAAUCUGAUUAAAUAAUCGCAAGUGUUACAUUUUUUGACUACUCAAAGGUGUAUGACAAGCACAAUGAAAACGUUCUAUUAAUCUAGCUGAGUCGACCCCGCCCCCAACACCUCCCACAUCAUCUUGAAUCACGCUCAACAGAACACACCUUGUCUCCAGACUACAAUUCUGUGCAAUGUUAUCUAUGAAAACAUAGGAUGUACCUAAAAGAAACAAGUAGAAAUGUACUAACUGUCUAGCAUGUCUUGAUUAUUGAGCAUCUAAAAGGGAAGUCGCACUUGAGUGUACCAGCUGUUGACAUCGAAGCAAGAAAGCUUUAUGAUUACGUGAGCUCUUACUGACUUCAAAUUCCAUCACUUUAAAACUGAAUUUUGGCUUAAGCGGGGCUUUUACGCUUCUCCUAGACUGAUUCGUACCAUAAAACCUUUUACAACGUAGCGAGAGAUUCACUCCUUAGCAACAUGUCAUCUUUUGGAUCUCGGUGCAUUACAAACCAAUAUGAAUUCUGAAGGAACUCGUAAAGGUGUCUAUGCACAUUGCCGAUGAUAUGCCUGCCUUUUGACUUGUACAUUUAACUUUACAGCGAGAGCUUUUCGGCGAGUGGAAAGAGUUUUUGAGAUGACGCUCUUGAGUAUUUAUCGAGUAUAUUGCCAAUUUACUUCUCCCCUAAACUUGUCUUAACACAAAGAAAAUUGAAAAACAAAGAUAUUAGUACAUUUUAAGACCUUUAACAGCUUGAAUUUGUGGUAUGAACUAAUUCUGACUGUAAUUCUGUGUAUCUGCGUAAUUCAAAUGGCUCGUUGCGUUAUUAAAUUCUGUCCCCGCCCCCGGUUCCUCCCACACGGCUUACCUCACGCACAACAACACCAACGCAAUGACUUCAACUACGGCGGUUGCUUUAGUCUUUAGUCUAGCUUUAGAGAACAUUGUCCACGAGAACAAAAGUACGCGUGGAAACGUAUUAAAAGAGUUUCUUGGCCUUCGUUAUUUCGCGAGAACAAAAGUACGUGUGGAAACGUAUUAAAGAGUUUCUUGGCCUUCGUUAUUUCAUCGAAGAGAAAAAUAGAAUUUAUCGCCGGUUGCCGUUUUAGUUCUUCUUUUUAUUUGUCUAAAUGCAAAGGAAAUUCGAAAAGGUAGAUUCUCUUACCUACAAACACCUUUAAUUUAUAAUUUUGCAUUUGCGGCAUGAGUCAAUCUGAUCGUAAUUCUGUUUAUCUUUGUUAUUCAAGUACAUUCGUUGCGUGAUUAUUGUCCACGCCCCCCGAUACUCCCACAUGGAUAACCUCACGCACAACAAAGCAAUGCAAUAAUUUAAUCUAGGGCUGCUUCUUUAGUCUUUGGUUAAACUAUAGAGUACAUGAUCCACGAGAGCGAAAGUACGCUUAAAAAUGAAUUGUAUGUAGCUUCUUAGUCUUUUUAAAAGUAAAAGGAAAAAAUUAUCACCGCGGUAUUUUUCUUGCAAAGACCCUGAGAGAUAAGAAGUGUGUCUGAGACAGGCCAGAUAUUUUUUAGAUGCCAAUGAAUAGCACUUUCAUCGUAAAACUAUUUCUCUUCUCUUUCGUGAAUGGAACAUAUCCAAGUUAUGUAAAGGUCGUCUUUUUUUCCCAUUAGAAUUAUGGCCUUAAUGUCAGAUAAGGGCAAAAAAAAUCCCUACAUCCUCGGCGAUCACAUUACGUACAUUAAGCGAACACAACUAUCUCCUUUGUUUUCGACCUGAAAGACGACCUGCGUUUUGAACAGCUGAAUGAAUCCUGUGCUUUGACAUCUGCUACUGUAAUGAUAAAAGCUCGACAGAAAGUCGAGAAGAACGAUCAGAGCGAUCAGUUUCCUUCGGAGGAAUUUGUUCCAUCCUCGAAUAUUCUCCGAUUUUUUUUAUCAAGAAAUCUCAAUCCUCAUUUUCCUAUGGAGCACCUUAUACUACAGCCUUUGGACAUAUUUUGUGGAGUUUUGAGGAUUAGCCACGCACGAGAAAUAAAGUCUUUGUUUAAGAUUGUAAAAAUGUAUACUACAUAUAAUAUAUUAUGAGCGUGCGCGUGUUCGUUCGCGCGCUGCCCAAACAACAACGGAACGAGAACAAUAGAGAUUUUGUCUCUUUCAGAUCAAGCCUUGAUAGUAAACUCUUCGGAGCAAAAAUUUAUCAAACUUUGUUCUGUAACUAAACUUGAUGACCGUUAGCCUUAUGGAGGACUCUAAGCACUAUGUUCCUUUCGUUCUAUCUACAUCCGGUCGCUCCAAAUGUGCUUCAAGGGAAUUCGAUACAUACAUGCCAAAACAAAUUGCGAAAUGUAUCAUUUUAGCAACAUAUUUUGCAAACAAUGUUUCGAUCUAAGAUACUUAUAGGUCAAUGUCAUGUCGUCCAAAAAUAGCUGUAUUUGAACGAUAAAAUUCAAAACAACUUUCGAAACAACAGUAAAACGCAUCUUCAGACGAAACGCAAAAGGAAACAUGGUUUGUGUAGGAAGAGUUAAAUGGCUUGUCUCAGAAGAGUCUUCAGCCAUUCCUUGCAAUUCAGAGCGACCACCAGGCAAGAUUGAUACUGUUAAAUGUCAACAAAGACAAAAUAACAAGCUUAACGGAAAAUGAUACUGAGCCAAAAUAAAUAGCCUUCAUACUGCUGAGUAGUAUUGAGUCAGUAAGGAAUACAACAACAAAAUUCCAUGUGAAAAGGGCAAGAAAAACAAGAAAUGAAAUAGAUACAGCCGUGAGCAACGAUCAAAAUGUGGUCAGUCAGGAUCUCGUGUCGAGGAAGUAUCCGGUAAUUAAAAUCCUGUGGGAUUCAAAUGGCGGACCACCCGCAUUUUUAAUUGUUGAUGCUACAUGCCGUAAGUGACCCUAAGGAGUCUCCGGCAUUGCUGCUGACAGUAAAACGAAGUGUCACUUGCCCACGGUGGAUUUCAGUCACGUUUCGUUCGUUAAUCUCAGCAUUUAACACAAAACACCGGAAUAAAAAAAUCUUCCGCGAUGAAAUUAAGAUACCAGAUUGGGAGGGGGGGGGGAUGUGCGGAAGGGGGAGAACGGUACCCAAGGCUAUGAGUAGGGGGGCCUUAUCUUACCAUUUUUUGUAUUUUUUCAUUUCCAUAUUUUGCUUUGUUUUUUUUUUCCAAAAGUUAGAGAAUUAUCUGUCCUAGGUUCACAUCGUUUUGAAAUGUUGUAAUUCACUAUCUUCGCUUAUUGAGGUAUUCGCUUCUCUUUAAAUAAGGAGAAAGGUUGAACGACCUUUUAUUCAAUUAAGGAAAUAAAUACCUUGAGUUCGAAUCUCGUUGCUAUCUGCAACCAUACAUUUUUAUUGUAUGCAUUUCUCGCUGUAUAGCAUUACAAUGUUUUCCGAUUUAAUCUGAUGAGAGGUUUCUAGAGGCAAAUAAACCUGUGUGUUGGCUAACGAAAAGAUGAAACAUCCGAGUUAUGUAAUACACAUGUCCAAGCUUAGUGAGAAAUGAAUUAACAAAUGUAUUUUCAAUGGAUAAUAAGAGUGUUUACUUUUCUGUCAAAUUACUGGAGUUUUCCUCCGAUUACGUGUUUUAACCUGAGUUGUGGUCAAAACCACAAUAUUUGAAGGAAUACGACAGCAACAAUAUUCAUUCGCCAUUCAAGAAAAUCGGUAAAUCUGAAACAGCGAUAUAGGCUUUCACCGGAAAGAUAAUGCAAAUAUGAUAUAUUAAUGAAGUCAUCGUUUCGUAAAUGUCAUAAACGGCGAAACGACUUCACUAACGUACGAGACAAGAACAAAUUUCACGUCAACGACUGAGACCAAAACAUUUUAAACAAUGCAUACACUUGAAAUAUCAAGGAUUAUUGAAAUUAAUCGAGGAAAAAACCAAACAAAAACAGAACCUAUGGAAAAGUAAAUCAACAUAGCAUAAAACAGAAGAAGAAACACAAACAAACAAAAUACCAAGUGAAUGUUUCAUUUUUAGUGGCAAUCAAACAUUCAAAGGUAUUAGGAUAGAUGUCUUAAUUCAAUAAACUGUAAUUCUCUGUGAUUAACCUCUUGAAACCUCAUUUGAGCCUAAAAAUACUUCGACCUUACGCUCCUUGCUUAAAAGAUUCCAUGACAACUCGUAGAACGAAAUGUAACCAUAUAAGAGUCAAUUGACUUUGCUUGUAAAAGAUAGAGUGCUUUGACUAACCUUGGUACAGUGCCCAGACUUUCAAAUCUUUUUAAUAUUUUGUGAUGACGCACACAGUAAUCUACAAGAAAAUAAAGGUAGCGGUUGGAAUUUGACUAAGAAUAUAACUACCAGUAAGCAAUCAUACACAUUAAUUUAUGACCGUGUAUUAGAGCGGCCAGAGUUAAGUGUUGAUGCAGUCAUUUGAGAGUAAAAGCAGGGAAUAUCACCGCUACAAUCUUUUGGCACAAGGUCUAUUGUGUAAUUGAGGUCACCCAUAAACGAGGACCAAUUCAUACCCUGAUAAUGUUUGAAAGAUCUUCACCAACUACACUGAAUGUAUGACUGAGAAAGGCUUAUUUAACUUCUAUUCGAAAUCACUGAUUUAAAAUCACCCGUCUGUCAGAGAUCUUUCACCCGUCUGUCAGAGAUCUUUUUUCCCUAACAACUUGACUGACUUGACCGCAUGUGCGUACUUAUGUUAGUAAACAAAUGAAAAAAACAGUAUUAUUCUUAAGAGACGCGGGGUGAUUAUCGAAAGUUGUCAAAUAUGAAAAAUUGUUUCUAUAUUUCUCUCUCAAGACGAUUCCUAUGUAUGAAAAAUACACAAUAAAGGUACGAGCAUAGAUUAUGUACCUGCCGUACUCAAAACUUUAAGCGAGGUUCUAAGUUCCAUCAUAGAGUAUCUCGCUCGAGAAUUUUCCAUUCAAUGAUUUUUAUGAUGUCCUUUUAUGAGCUCCACCUAAUGCAACCCAUUUUCCUUCUCUAAGUAAGGUUCCUGUUGCAUUAGACAGUGUUAUUCUCGUGCAUCUCCAAGCACGAUUUUCAAAACUAAUUUCCCGUACACACUUUCCAGUGUCUUGAACAUCCUUCCAUUUCGAAGAGUACUACUGGUUACCAUCAUCCUCGAUACAAGCGAGUGAAGUGCUCCCAAAGGCGACCGUCUGCUAUUAAAAGACGAUUAAGAUUAUUUCUGUUUGAAAUGCAAACACAGAGGGUUCAAAGUAUAAAAUGUGACGCGGGUUCAAAGUACAAAAUGUGUGGUGCGUGGUCUGAAGUGGCAUGCAUGAUGUCUUUGUCAUAGACAAAAUUAGUAGCCACCCAAAUUUAUGGGUUUGGACCAAUGAACGUUCAAGUAUUGAUCUUUACUUUUAUCAAUUUAAAAAAGUUCAGAAACUCCUCUAAUUAAUUUCGUUUCCUUUUUAUUUUUCAGAGAUUUGAAAAACUUGCACAAAGAUGUCGUUUACACUGGGAGCUUCUGUUCUUCUGCUUUGUUCUACCUUUGGCCUUGUCUACGGCCGUAAGUUUUCCUUAUAUACUGUUUUGUUUUUUGUUUUGGGUUGUUGAAAUAAAACGAAGUUUCUACGAGGAUUUUACGUAAAAGAAAACAUGUUUAUUCCACAAUACGUGAUGAGAUGGAUGAGAAAACAGCUGCCAAUGAAGUUCGCCAAUAUCAGCUACAUUGCAACGGUUGCAGAGGCAGCUGAGGUAUAAAGGGGCUGACCAUAAUAAAUGAAACACUUCUGAAAACUAUCACGUAUGACUCAUCAUGAUAAAGUAGGGACUGAGAGUGGGGAGCUUUUCAGACCUGAUUGAGUCUCGACAGCUUAGAUCUAAUAGCAAGAUUUAGAGAUCAGCAGAUAACAGAAAAGUUUAUUGUCUACUAACUUCUCCUGUAGUGAAAUUCGAACGAACUGACAUCCAAACGUCUACAUGUUGACCAGUUUCACAUGCUUAAAACAUCCUUGAAGACCCGGAUAGAAAGAAAAAACCACUAGUUGUCACUAAAAUUUGAGUUUUCGCGGGUGACACCUCUGUUGAUCACUGCACAGUGCAAUUUAAGAAUGAUAGAACUGGUUAUGCAAGAAGAGUACGUGAAAGUACGUUAGAGUGAUACUCAGAGUGGAUACUGUAACCCAACUGGGUAGUUUUGGAAUACUUUUUUAUAUUUACAGUCUUUGAAAAUCAUCUGUUUCUUUCUUUCAGUCCAUUCUAACACACGGUUUACUGCCACACCUCCAGUCAAUGUCAAUGUUGCUGUGAAUGAUUCAGUGACGUUUGUCUGGAAAUUUAAAUUUGGAAACAGACAGGAUUGGACCGAAUUUAAUGAGUUUGUCUGGGGGACAGUUGACAGCGGCCACGUAACCAACAAAUACAUAACCGUUACAAAGGGCAUCCUUUCUUUGUUUAUCAAUAAGAGGCUUCCGAAGAAUCUCAGAGGUCGGAUUAGUUAUUCUGGAACCAUCAGUUCAACCGGGUGCAAGCUGGAGUUCACUAUAACGGAUGUGCAGCGAUCGGAUGGAAACGUCGUUUAUGGCUGCGAUGCGGACAUUGCAGGAGUAGACAUAGUUAGCCAACCAUUUCGUUUAACAGUUACGUAAUGGUAAGUUCUGUUGCCCAUUUAAGCUAUCACUUCAGUGUAUGUUUUAAGAUUAACUUUGGGUAGGAUACGGUGCUCUCACAAAUUCACACUCAAGAGUAUAAAUGGUGCCGCAGAUCUAUCAGGAGUGUUUGGCAUGAGAACAGACAUGAUCGCUUUUGCCAUCUUAAGACUGUAAAUAAGGAUAACCAACCUUUGGAGCCGAUUAGGAGAGGACCGCACUUAGAGUUAGUGUCUGCUGGCAUUUUGCAUCUCUGAUAAUUUUUUAUCAAUCAUGAUGAGCAUUCAUUAACAUGCGAGUGUUGAAAUUAUUGAUGAAUAAUUGAAAAUGAAGUUUACGUUACAUUGAAUUUACUAACCCUAACCCUGAGCAAUGUUGCAGACCUUUGAAGAGGCACGCGCGCUGUUUAAGCGGGCUUUAAAAAGUCAUUUUCCUUGCUUGACUGAAAUUAAAGGAUCUCGCUCCAUUUCGUGUUUCGCAGUUACAAAAUGGCCGCUCGUACAAUAAUUUACGAUAACACGAGAGGAAAUCGUAAGUUUGGCUCUGAAUCUCACAGUUCGCAUGUUAAUCAAAAGCGCAAUAAAAAGCCCAAAUAUUACAUAUCAAACCUAACUAAGUUGAGUUAUUUUGAUGUUAUUAAUUCUACUCUUUUUUUUCCAAUUUUCAGGCUAAUAACUGAGCAAACAACCAAGCUGAGUCCGUAUCUCCCAGUGAUCUGGUUCAAGUAGCAUGUUCAAUACUUCGGUAACACUUUGUGUAGUGACAACACGACUUCGAUUACGCUAUAAUUUUUUCUCUUUUAUCUGGCAUUUCGGGGUAGUUUUUCAUUUUACAGUAAUUAGCGAGACAUGAACUUGUAACUAUUAGUUUACAAAAACACAUUA